AUGCCCUUGCCUCGUGAUCCAAACACUCGUCCGUUCUCCUUUUUGAGCAACGCCUGGGGUAAGCUCUUCAAAGAGUCCAUCCCAAAACCCUCCGUGCAGCCUAUUCAGAACUGGCCCUUCAUGGAAGGUCCCCAAUUCCAUCCCCAGCCAGCUCCGGGCUUGGUUCAACCCCAUGGUUACGAUCAACAGCACCGAGUAACCCCACAACCUCACUCUGUGCACCCGACACCGCACCAUCCAACCAUCAAUCACAACCAGCAUCGCGCGGGACAUCUCCGCCCGAGCUUCGAGCCCUGGCAGGCACCAGCAGCGCCUCCUCCCCCGAGCAGCGUCUCGAGCGACGCCACGCCCAGGCCCACCACUCCUCCGCUCAGCAACCGUACCACCCCGUCGCUGGUUCUGACCGGCGAAGAAUAUGCUCAAAGGAAGAUGAUUGAGCUUAUCGAAGCCGGUAAUGCGCCCACCACUGAGCAGCAGUUCUACGACCAGGUCCAGAGAUAUAAGGACGACUUUGAAAGGCUGAAGAAGGAAGAGCGCCGGCGGACGGGUGUGUUUGAGCAGCUGCGGCAACUGGCCGAGCACCAGCAAGAGGUGCGGACGGCCAAGGAGAACUGGAGCAACUGUCCCACGGCAGCACCCUCACGCAAUGACGGCAGCCAGUUGCAAGACCGUAGAGCGGCAAGGGUUUGGGAAUAUCUGGUUGACAAGGAGUUCCAAGAGAUGAUGAAGGAGGACGAUGCUGCCCAGGCCCAGAUCAAGGAUCGUCAGCAACAAGAAGCUGCACCGGCCACAACUCUACCCGUUCCACCCAACACCCCUUUCCGAGACUCAGACUGUCGGAUUCCCAUAUUCUUCGACGGCGGCCUUACCCGCACCACCUUCGAUAUCCCAACCACUCUAUGCCCAUCCUGCAACCCCCCCACUGCUGAGGCCCUCAACAACCCCACACCAACACCCCUCCCGAACAGCCAGCGCCACCCCGACUCCGGCGCUCUGACUCUCUACUGCCCCGACAGCGAAGCCCCGCGCACCGCACUAGCCAUCUACCUCGCGACCCUCCGGAACGAGCGCGACCCUCUAGCAGGCCAGCCCAUCACCAGCACGAACUGGCACCUCGUGCUAGCUUACCUAGUCUACAUCGCAGCACAGAACCCAUCCGCAACCCCAACGCAGACCCAACAAGCCACCCGGUUCACCCACAGCUGGGCGGACAGCCUGCUCCCCACGGACACGACCGCCAUGGCCAACCUCGGACCGGCCGUCCUGGCCGCGAUGCUGUACGCGACCGCACAGUCCAAGAUGGCUCUGCACUGGGCGACGGUGGCGCGCGCGGCGCUGCUCAACUGCCGCGCCGACGCCGACGCCUCGCUGGUCGACACGACCCCGUCGCCGCGCCCGCUGUGGCUGCACCUGCCGGCGGACGACAUGCUGCGCGAGGCGGUCCGGGAGCUGUGCCGGGUGCUGCGGACGCCGCGGCAGGAGUGCAUGGGGCUUACGUGCGCCGAGGUGCUCGAGACGAGAAGGGUGCUGCGGCGGAGGUCGAGGGAGGGGUCCGAGACGGCGCGGCAGCAGCGGGAGGCGCUGCGGAGUCAGCUGGUCGACGUCGGGCUGUGGCCGCGGCGCGGGGAGGCUGGGUAUCAUCGGCUCGCUGGUGUCAUCGUCAAGAGCAGCGUCGUCGAGGUGCGACAGCGGGUACAGACGGCGGUUAGGGGGGUGGAGCCGGGGCGGAGGAGGGAUCUAGAGAUGUUGGGGGUCAGGGUGGACAGGAUCGUGGACUCGGUGCAUGUCCCGAGCCUUGAUGAGGUGUUGCAGACCGUUGCCGAUGCGCGCACUCGCAUGUCUGUGCACUUCUGA